CACGAACUAAUAUCCCUGGACUGCUGGCAGGCGAUUUUUUUCCAAGUAACUGUUUAAACGAGUCAUCAGACGACACAGCUUCCGGUUUAUUUAUAUUCUUUGUUACGGCUCGCUGAGACUAACAGCGAAUCACUUCGCAAGAGUCCAAGCUUUGGUCUUGGCAGACAGACAGCCGUCCACCCACACACGUCCUGGGUCACGUCGACACGACGAGGAUCGCAUCCAACCAGAAGGGGUCUCUAGCUGUCCACGACCACCCGAUCUUGUUUGAGCUAAGAAACGGGUAUUCAUUACAUGAGGGGAUUUUCGCUGGAUGUCAGCUGAAGGAUUUCCACAGAGUUUGCUCGCUGCUCGACUGGAGGACGAAGAGAACUGAGACGACUUCUAUCGUCUCUGUGGAUGUGACAUCCUGGAGUGGAUUGCAAAUCCAGCAUCACCAACAGUUCGAUACACAGAUUAGUGUCAGUAGCCACGUCAGCAGCCCACAAGGCCUCGUUCUGGUGUCAAGAUGGCGCUAUGCUGCUUUUUACUCGGAUGACCUCAAGCGGAUGUUUCCAUGACGACCCUCGUUGCCGUACCCGUAUCUCUUGUCAAGGAGCCGAGGGUUAAAACAGGGAACUUUGUAAGGUCAACAGCUUGGGUCUGUUUAAAUGAAGCUAGUUACCGAGGCACGCGCCUGUGUUCAUCUGUUUGUUUGUGUCAGCCAGUGUGUGUCUUACAUUCCGUACAAUCCACCUCAUACCCGGAGGUGAGAGUGGGGGGAGGUGCGCUCUGCACUGGAUACAACAGUAUUAACAAAGGUUAGGAACGGAGAAAUGGGAAACAACAAAUUAAGUAAUUAAUUAAGAUGGAUGUCGACAGGGAUUAAAAACAAACAGAUCAAUGUUAUAGCUUUACAAUCUGCACGACUUGAAUCCACAUCACUUAUGAUGAGUAUUAUUAUUAUUAACAACAUAAUUUACACACACACACUGACACACAAAUACAGUCAGACCGAUGUUGUGACAACUGAACCAGUAUUGUGUGUCUUACAAAGCGAUAUUCAUACCAGCUAAUAAAUGAAACCAGGAUUAGACAACGAAACAGGAAAGGUUUAUUUUUUGUAUUUAAGGGGAACGGAAAGUAACCAAACAAAAACAAACAAACAAACAAAGAUCGCAUCACACCUCCGUACUUCUCACACACUCAUCAGCACUGCCUUGUUUUCGGUAAACACGUGUGUUAUUGUUCGUCUGCCACAAGGAGAGCAGAUGGAGGAGGAGGAUGCACACCAACCUCUUCCCCCAUUUGGCAGCGACGACGACAACAACUGCCGCCACGCAAGCUGCCAGCCGCCCCUCCAUCCUGAAAUCAUUGUUACAUCCCACACGCUUUGCUGGGACCAGACUUACAGAUGUUUGAAAAAGAUAGCAUCCUCCUGCCUUGGCUCCUGAAGAAAUUGGAAAUGGGAUGUUCAUGGUGUCGUGAAGACAGAAUGAGUAUUUGUUUCCAGAACAAUGCCACCAUCUCUCUCUCUGUAGGAGGCACCAUGGGGCCGGUAUCCAAGUUUCUGAUAAAACCCAGGGAUGCUGCAACAGCAGUAUAGCGCAGCUUCUUCCCCCAGUCGACCCAGAGAGCGGGAAGGGAAACCUCCUCCAGAGAGGGAUGGGGAAGGUUACACAGCGAGAGAGAGAGAGGGAUAAACACCGACCAGUGCACAGCCGAGACAGAAGUGAAGCCUCUAACACAGGGCUUCGUGACCAACUCAGAAAGGUCAUGGGAUGACCUACAUUGACAAAUAACUAUUAACCACGUGAUAUCCGUACUUCAGCCACGUUUGUUAUCAAGUAAUAUAUCCUUUGCAGUUAUCUAUGACAUAUAUAGAUAUAUACACAAAUACCUUUAAAUAAAAAAUUAGUUCCUUGCUUCAAGCAAUAAAAAAAAAAUCCAGAGCUGUGGCAAAACUUUUAAAAGUAAAAGCAUUAAACUUUAAAAAUGUGAAGAGAUUAGAAUACGUACAAAACACACCCUGACUUAUAUUGAGCUUGGUCCUCUCUCUCUGUCUCUCUCUCCCGCUCUCUCUCUCUCUCAAACAAGCAAGAUGUGUGUCAACCAAAAAAGAUAGUGGAGACUACACCAAAGUUCGUGGCCGAAUUAUCGCCAAGAUAAUGAUUUGGUCGACUCCUUAUAGGCUCAACGACCAUGAGUUGUGGUUGUCGUGCUGGAGUCGACUGAGUGUUGUGAUCACAUCGACUGAUGUUGGAAUUGACAGAGGGGGCGAUGUGUGACCCGGCGCGCGCGUGCUGACCCCCGCCACUAGCGAUGUUUACUUCGCCGUCGUGACCUCCAGCAGCCUGCACCUCCGCCAGCGCCUCUCGCAUCAGUGAGUCAGGAGUGGCAGCACCCAAGUGCAGUUACACAUGGAGGAGUAGUUUUCUUCUUGUUUCUCUGGAGUAUUUGUUAACAGUGUUAUUCUUACAGGUUAAAAGCGGUGUUCUGACACGGAGAUUCCAUCAGACUGGAAGGUAGUCCCCCACAUCGCGCAAUUGAAAUGCUGCCUGUGAGUGGUGAUCACGCAAAGCCAGGUGCAAGUGAGUGAUCCAGGGAGAGCGACUGACCGAGAGGUUGAAGGGAGGUAGUCAUUACUUCCCGCGACAACCAAGGAAGUAAAACAGCGAGAGUCCGAUGGACGUGCCGGAGUUAUCUGUCCCUGCGGUGGUUGUGUUUGUUAUCUCCCCUAAAGAAGGUCGCAGUUGAGUGGAGGAUGUCCUCUCCUCGUGUUGCCAUGGAGGAUAAUCAUCCCGUGUCUAAGGAUCGAACCGGCUAGUUCCUCCUGUGAGAUUACCAACGGAACCCGACAGACCAUCACAUCCUGUGAUCUACUGUGAUUGUGUGAUUGCUAACCUUUCCCCGGGUGCUGUAAGUGGUUCGUGAAACGCAUGUGGGUGGCGACCGAGUGAGUCUACACGUGCCAGGUAUCUUGUCCACACGAUGACCACACAACCGUGGAUGGUGUGAUUGAACCUCAUCGGAUCGCUAGACAAGACUUGGAGUACCCGUAUGUUCCUUGCUUCGAACAAAAACGUAUUUGCCGACUUCUGUACCAACGACGACUGUGUCCACAAUCUAACUAUUCUCCCUCCAAGAUCGUUGAGGGGACACUCGUUACAAAGUUCUCCUGACUGUCAGUCCUGGGCAUCGCUCAUGAAGUCAGUGAUGGCUGCUCGGUACUGCAAGCAGCUGUUCAUCGUGUGCAUCAUCAUUCUCGUCACAUUCCUCUUGUACGCAUGGCGAGCUGAUCUCACGAUUGCCCAGGUUUCGCUGUUCGUCAAGACUAAUUCAACGAGUCCACCGAGAAUGGUCUUGGGACACGGCAACACGUUGGUGGAGUUUUUCUCCGACUGGACAACUGCUGACCCUCACGACCCGGUGCCCGUCCAGCGAGUCUACGUGUACUUCGCCACCCUGGCCCUCCAGCACACGCCACCCACAGGCAGCCACAUCCGCAUCACGGCCUUCCAGGAGCAACGGGUGGCUCAGCUGAGGUGCUGCUUCCGUCACCAUGGCAACGACACCUCGGCGCCAGCGCUCGUUGUGCACACCCUCAAAGUCGAGAACAAGCAGGAGGUGCUCGGUGUGGUCUAUCAGUGUCACGUGCCCAUUUCUCCACAAAACUUGACGGGAAUUCGUGUCACCAUGACCCCUGAUUCCGCUUGCCCAGUGGAGGAUGUCUACUACUUACCUGUGUACAUACCGGAAGUGGUUAAAGGCGGACUGGCCAUCUGUGGUAAAGUGGCCUUUGGCGGCUUACUGGAUCCUGUGAAGCUGGUGGAAUGGUUCGAGAUGCAAAAACUACUUGGAGUGGAUAAAAUCCAAAUACUUGACUUUGACAAUUCCGUUAAUGUGAAGAAAGUGUUUCAAUACUAUCAAGAAACAGGCCUGCUGGCUAUGUUCCCCUUAAAGCUUCCAGGUCGUCCAUGGGGUCGAGGUUUUACUGAUAAAACUAGAGUACUUUACCAACUGGCCCAGGAUGAAGAUUUUUCUAUUCUUGAAUGUCGUCUGCGACUGGCCGGCUAUGAUUAUGUCAUGGGCAUCGACAUGGAUGAAAUCAUUUUGCCAAGAAACACGAUGUCACUGAAACCAUAUUUUCAGAAAAUAUUUGGUCCUAAUCCCAGACUGGCGGCCGUGUAUUUCCACGUGCAAUUCUUCGUGGAGGAGUUCGGACCUGAGGACAAGGACGCUCCCCUGCACGUGCUCCGUUACCUGAAGAGCACGCCUGCGCGCUGGGAGUGUCAGAAGUACACGUACAUGCCGGCCAGAGCUGACCAGGGCUCCACACACUCCAUCAGUCCCUUCCCUGGAUUUACAACGACGCGAGCUUCCCCAAGAGAAGCCGUCAUCCACCAUUACCGACACUGCCCACAAGGGUGGUCACAGUGCACCCCACCACACAUUACUGAGAGGUCAGUCACGAGGUUCCAGGAUGAACUCGUUCCUCGAGUAAAGGAAGUCCUCAGUAAACUGGGAUUCUAGUCAAGUGAUUCGUUUUAUGAAAGGACUUGGUGUCUAUGUUUGCAGUCUGUGAUUUGCUUCAAGGAAAAGCAUGUGAAGAAGUAGUGGCUCAGUGAGUGAGUGAUGUUCAUCAUCAAACAGUUUGAGAAACGCUUUCUCCGAGAUAUUACAGCAACACAAAGUAUGAGUUUAUCAGACUUCUGGAGUUGUUCAUGUUUGAAAAGCGCGUUUUCAUGAUGAGCAUGUUGGUAAAUGUGUGUCUGAGAAAGAGAUUCAUCUCUACAUUCAACUCCAUUCACAGGGUAUGAAUACAAAAAUCAUAAAUAUACAAUAAAGUGUGAUCUUCAAGGACUGGUAAAGCAAAUAAUGUGGCCUUUGAAACACACCAUUGAAAUAAUGUAUCCUUAUCAAAGCAUUUUUAAUUUAUUGUAACUUAAUGUUAUUUAAAUUUCAAAUAUUUUGUGGAGGUAGUAGUUUUAUUUUCGGGUAUGAAAGGAAUGCCUCACCAAUAGGGUACCUUUGGCUCUCGUGUAACAUCCUUUACGAAUUUCACAAAUAGGUUUUGAAGUCUGCAUCAAAUAUUUAUAAUUUUUCUGAGAUUAUGUAGUUUUGCUUUAAACAUUUCGGUAUUUGAUUUCCUGACAUUUGCAUGGGGUGUGGAAAGGGGUACAGUAUUUUAUAGUUCUUGCAACUUGAGUAAAAUACCUGCAUUCUUGAUUUGUGUGGUCAGGAGGAGUGGGAGACUAUUUAAUCAUUCACCUGCCCUUUUACCUGUAUGUUGCCUUGGUACAAUACUACUUGAUUUUCAUGUCUACAUAAUUCUUUUGUGCAGAAAAUGUGUGAUAUAGGCUUCGUCGGAAAGAAAUUAUUAUUAAUAUCUUGAUGAACUUGCACUAUUGACUUGUCUUAAAUAUUUACUCCUACCUCGCCACAAACUCCGGUGACAACACUACAGACUACUUAGUGUACUUAUCUCGACAAAAUAUUACUGAACAGCAUCCUGUUUAUUCUUCGAUGAAAUUGUACAAAUAAUACAAUGUUUAAUUUUGGGUAUCGUCACCUUGAAAAACUCAGUAAUACUUCACAAUCUGUGAACCGUCAUUUAUUUUUUUGAAAGUUUUUUAGAUAUCUCUGGGAAAGAGCAAUAUUUUUAAGGAACAUCAGGUAGGAGGGACAUUGAUCUUUGUGGAAGAGAAUUAAAUUCGAAUGCAGACUGAAUACAAAUUUGCCAGACAUACUGUCGUCUAAAGCACAAACAGCAAACAAUAACAACUGUGGACCGCAGUUUGUCAGAAAAUUGAAAUGCUGACUCUUUAGUCUCAUGCGAUUCAAAAAGACGAUGUGCAUAUUAUACCUGUUGGCACUCUGAUGUUCAUCUAAUGUCAAAAGCGACGACGACGACGACGACGACGAGAUGGCAGCUCAUUUCGUCUGCACAUGCUAUAUUCCAAGCAUAGAAUACUGUAUUUCAUUUUAAUCAGUGUGUGUGUCUGUACUCUUUCUUCCAACCAUGGACUGUCUUCCAAGAAGAGAGAAAUCUUUCCGUCACAACAAGAAAAUCCAAUGGAAGCCUUUAUGCAAAUAUCAGACUCCAUGUUCGUGUUCAUGUUUAUAUUUGGUCUCCGAGUGCAGUUGGUGUAUCAAAGACUGAAUUGUCAUCGCACCAUCUGCUCUGAUUAUUGUCAAACAUCUUCAUUCCUACACUGACUCCAUGUUUGCUGUAGUCUCACAAAUUCGCCGACACUAGUCUUGUAUGGUUCACCUCGCUUGCAAUAUUUAGCGAUGUUGUUUAUGAGAGAUCUCAUUUACAUUUCGUUUAUUACUAGUAUUUAAAUGGUAUUAUUUAUUUUUUGUAGCAUUGUUUACACUCUGCGUGUCUAGGUGGCAGGUGAAAUGUGUAAUAGUGCAUGUGUGUGUUUAUUGUGUGUAGGUGAUGUGUGUGUAGUGUUUCUAGGUGGGAAAUAUUGAGUGUGUGUAGAUGAAAUAUUUAAUGUGUUUAGGUAGCUGGCUAAAGUUUGAGAGUGCAUGUUUGUGUUUAGUGUGUGUAUGUGAUAAGUAUAAGGUGUGACAGUGCAUGUGUCUAUUUGUCACAUUAUCUUCGGCUUCAGUGUUGAGGUUUUACAUCAAAGAAAUGAAGUAUACAGCCAUGGGUGCCUCCAGUUUUUUCAAACCCCACAUUCUAAUAUUAAUUGGGUAUAAACUUCGUGUAUUUUUCUUCAAGAAAAUUAAAAGGUAUCAAUGAAUAGGCAACACCUUGCUUUGUGUUUACAUAUCGUCUUGAUUGCUCUUUCUUGAUAAAUUAUUGUUUAGUAUUUUCUCGUGUUAAAGCAUUUGGAUGUCAAAUUAUCAAAACUCUGGUGAGGUUUGAUAUUGUUGUAAACGUUUGUAACAAAGUUGGAUGCAAAUCAUGAUUUUCAGUGUUGUUAUUUAUUUGAAAACAAAUCAAUUAUUGGCUGAGGAACUUCAAUAAUAUUUAGCUGUUUAACUAGACCACUGUCUGAGAGGUUGGCGCUCUACUGAUGCCAGCGGAUGCAGACAGCAUGCAAUCCAUCAUCAGGAAUGUUCGAGAAGAAUCAAGUUAACAUGAAAUGUAAGUCUUCCAGCAUUUCAUAUACAACUAAUCCAGAGACAAGAGGGUUGGUAUACAAACAAAACACUGUCCAAGACAGCAUCUUGCGUCUCUGGCUUUUUUAUUUCUAUCAGUUCACAGAAAUAGUUUCACAAUUACAUGCUACUGUUCACAUUCUCCAAUAUGCCAGUUAUUUUUUGUUCCUUUAUGUCUUCCAAGGUCCAAAG